UGGCAUAUUGCUUGCAAUUCUGGAAUUCUGGCAUUUUCUGGAAAAAGAGAAAAUUAAAUUAAAUUAAAAAGAGAGAGAGGAAAAUCACAAUCACUGUUCUAACCAAAAAGGAGUUCUCAUUCUAUAUUUCGUUGGAAAGGGACGGACGAUCCAUAAUGCCGCCACGUAGCUAUUGCACUGACAUCUGUCGAGAAGGCACGAUGUCGACAUGCAUGUAUAUUUUGCCUUUACCUCAUUUCUCGCUCUUUACAGAUUCUCCUCCCCUCUCAUCCUAUUCCGUGCUUUCUUCUUUCGAAGACAGCUCAAUCUUCCAUCUCUUCUGAGCUUCAUCGGCUAUAGUAUAAGUUUUCCCUUUUCUUUCUUCACCAUCAGGACAGAGUAGUAGGUUGCAGAGAAAGAUUGGAAAAAGCAUGGCGGAUUGGGGUCCGGUGGUGAUAGCAGUGGUGCUUUUUGUGCUGUUAAGUCCAGGGUUGUUGUUUCAGUUGCCAGGAAGGAGCAAAGUGGUGGAGUUCGGGAACAUGCAAACCAGUGGGAUAUCGAUUCUUGUCCACACUAUAAUCUUCUUUGGACUUAUCACCAUCUUCCUCAUCGCCAUAGGUGUUCACAUCUACACUGAAUAGACACCCACUUAGAUUUUGACCUUUCUCACUUGUCCAUGUGGAAUUUUCUCUUGUGAUUUUGUGUAUUAAUUAUUUCGUUUUAGGAUCUCAUCGUUUUUGCAUCUUUGAUUACCCCUCCGAUUGCUUUGUGUAUUCCUCCUGGUCCUGGGGAAUUAAUGUAAUGAUUUGAUUCUCUUGGUUGUGAUUUGUUCCUGUCAAUACACUUUUUACCAGUCAUAGAAAUGAUUGGACAAAUAACAAAAUUCUGCU